AUGGCUCUCAGUCUAAGAAUUUUGAUGAAAAACAAUCUUAUUGAAAACAUAACCAAGCCGGUAAAAUGGAAUAUAAACCGAAGCUUUCCAAUAAGAAGAUCCUGCAGUGGUUUACGAAAUUAUAAUUAUAUUUUAGUGAAACCUAUACUGAUAAGAACGGAAUGUCAACCUAUAUUGAAAUCAUAUAGAUUAUGUUCCACGAAAUGCAGUACAGACUCAAACAAGGCUUCCAAGGAACCUGAAAAGAAACCAGGUAUUAUACAGCGAUUUAAACAAAUGUAUAAAGACUACUGGUAUGUAGUGUUACCUGUGCACAUGACGACAUCAGCUUUAUGGUUUGGAGGUUUCUACUACUGUGUUAGAAGUGGUGUGGAUGUGAUCGGGUUGCUGGAGUCUAUUGGUAUUAGUGACAAAUUAUUAACACCUUUAAAAGAAUCAUCUGCUGGUUACUUUGCACUGGCCCUAGCAUUAUAUAAACUAGUAACUCCAUUAAGAUAUGCUGUUACUGUUGGUGGUACCACAUAUGCCAUCAAAAGGUUAACAGCAAUAGGCUGGAUAAAGCCGGUCCCUUCAAGAGAAAGACUAAAGGAAAUGAUUCAAGAGCGAAAAGAUAAUAUUCAGGACCGAUUUAAUGAAAGCAAACAGCACUAUCAAACUCAGUUACAAGAGAAAAAGACCCAAGUAAUGGAUGAAAUGAGAAGGUAUAAAACAGAAAUGCGUAAUAUGAAAAAUAAAGUGAAGAAAAUGUAG